UAAGUCUCGACUGCGAACAAUAAAAAAGACUAUUUCACUCGACAUAAAAAUUGUUUACGCUUUAGUGUCCAAUAAGACAACUGAAACAGUUGAUAAUUAACCAUUCUGCUGCAAUGGAUGCCACAUCAAGCUCAGCCGAUAAGUUGGCAUCGAAAACGGCCAGCAGCAAUUCGCUGGACAGCAGCUCAAAGUCAAGUUCGCUGGGCUCCAAGCACGGCACUGAAAAUGGUCAACAAAGAGAUACGCCUUUUUCCUAUUUGGACGGUGAGGAAGAUCAGGAUCAAAAAAACGAUGUAACCUAUGUGUGCCCAUACCGCGGUCCGGCCUUCGGCGCCCUUACUAUCACUAAUUAUCGCUUAUACUUUCGUUCGCUUCCGUUGCGCGAUCAGGAGCCACCAGUUGUUGUGGACGUGCCUUUGGGCGUAAUUGCGCGUGUGGAAAAAAUUGGUGGUGCCACGUCACGUGGUGAGAAUAGUUAUGGUAUUGAAAUCUUUUGCAAAGAUAUGCGCAAUUUACGCUUUGCACACAAACAACAAAAUCAUUCACGUCGCACAGUGUUCGAGAAGCUGCAAGCCAACGCAUUUCCGCUCUCUUACAGCGGCAAACUUUUCGCAUUUGCUCAUGCGGCUGCAGCGGCUCAGCCGUCGACAGCAAACGCAGCUGUGAACGCCGGAUGGGAUGGCUGGGCUGUGUAUGAGCCGUUGGCCGAGUUGCGUCGAUUGGGCGUGCCAAAUGAUAUGUGGCGUGUCACAAAGAUUAACGAAUUCUAUGCCAUUUGCGACAGCUAUCCGGCCGUCUGGGCCGUGCCAAAAGCGGCUUCUGAUGAUUUUCUUCGUCGCGUUGCGCAAUUUCGUUCGCGUUGCCGUUUGCCUGUUUUGUCCUGGAUGAAUCCUCGUACGCAGGCAACCAUAACGCGUUGCUCCCAGCCAUUGGUCGGUGUCAGCGGCAAACGGAAUGCGGAUGAUGAGACCUAUCUAAGUUAUAUUAUGGAGGCCAAUGCACAGUCCGAUAAAUUGACCAUAAUGGAUGCCCGACCCAGUGCUAAUGCCAUUGCCAACAAGGCCAAGGGUGGCGGCUACGAGUCCGAGGAUGCCUAUAAAAAUGUGGAAAUCAAUUUCCUAGAUAUACACAAUAUUCAUGUGAUGCGCGAAAGCCUGCGCAAGGUGAAGGAAGCAUGCUACCCAACCACUGACGACUCGAAAUGGCAAACUGCCAUCGAUAGCACCUUGUGGCUCAAGCAUAUACGCUGCGUUUUAGCUGGCGCUGUGCGCAUUGUCGAUAAGGUGGAGACAAUGAGCACAUCUGUGGUAGUACACUGCUCCGAUGGCUGGGACCGAACAGCACAGCUGACUGCAUUGUCGAUGCUAUUGCUAGAUCCGCAUUAUCGCACCGUGCGUGGCUUCGAAGUGCUUAUCGAAAAGGAAUGGCUGUCGUUUGGUCAUAAAUUCCAACAACGCAUCGGCCACGGCGAUAACAAGCAUUCGGAUGCUGAUCGCUCGCCGGUCUUCCUGCAAUUCAUUGAUAGCGUUUGGCAAGUGAGUCAACAGUUUAGCAACGCCUUCGAAUUCAACGAGCAUUUUCUCAUCACAAUUGUUGAUCAUCUGUAUUCGUGUCGCUUUGGCACCUUCCUGUGCAACACUGAGGCGGAGCGUGUGGCAGAGGAUCUUAAGCACAAGACCACUUCGUUGUGGACACAUAUUAAUUCUUCGCUAGAUCAAUAUCUGAAUCCGCUUUUCCCCUCAUUCACACACGGCGCCGAGCUCGUGUUGCGUCCCAUUGCAAGCGUGCGCGCCGUACGACUGUGGAAGGGUCUCUAUUGCCGCUGGAAUCCCGGUUUGUGCACGCCUCAGCAUGGCUGCCAGCGCACACGAGAGCUGCUCUCAAAACAGGAUCUGCUCUUCAAGCACGUCAACGAGCUGCGCCUUAAGCUUAAUAAUCGCAGCAAUAAUAUGCAGACGACCACACGUCUCGCCUCGCCUAUGCAUUGAAUAAGAGUUUAUGUACUGCUCUAACUACUAGUAUUCCCAUUAAUUGUUUUACCGACUAACUGUACAUGGCAUUCAUGUAUUCACUAAUGAUGAAUUAUUUAAUCCCAAAAAUUAUGUGCAUAAGCAGUAAAACUAAUAAAUAUAUACAGAAACA